CUGUUUCUGAGAAAAGGACGGGAGCAUCAUCCGAAUUCGAUUGUCUGAUCGUCUGCUGGUCCAUCUGUUAAUUCAUGCUUGAUUUCUUCCACCCCCAUUGAUCUGUGAAACACUCUCGAUACCAUUCAUCCCGCCAUCAGAUCCCUUCAUUUACAAGUCGAAAUCUCUUCAUUCAUUCCGUUGGUUCCUGUGUCUUUCAACUCUACCCGCAUUGACUAAUGGGUUUAAAGCUGCUGGUGUAAACUUACCCUAGUCGAUCUUUUUGUGCCAGCUCCCCCUACUUUCGUUAAUGUCAUGCAGAGGGUGGUGUUGCUUUAGUCGUUGUAUUCCAACCGAGGCCCGAAGUCAUUCAUUAGAUAUUGUAUCGCUAUUUUCACUAUUGCCGUCGGUUUAAUCGUUAGGGGACGAGGGUGGAUCUACAAUUGAGAGGAUCCAUAAUGAAUCGAUUUCGGACCAAGAAGAAGGUGAAGGAUGAGAUUUCGGCCCCUAGACCCUCGCAGGAUUCCGAGUCUUCCAUUCCUUUCCGACCCUUUAGGAAAGGGAAGAAAACGCAGGAACCCGAGAAAAUCGAGAUUGAUCUCUCGACUGCAUUGCCAUCCAAUGACGAAUUCCGCACGAGUUUGUUAAUGACCGGCCUAUCCGCCCGAUUUUCCAUGUUGAGGGAACAGGAUGACCCGAGCACAAAGAUUGGCAAGGCGAGCGAUGAUAGCGUCCUAUUCCCCAAGAGGCAAUCGAGACUGGACUAUGGUGGGUUCCGAGGUUUAGGUGACAUUGCCGAAGUAGAAUCUAUCAGGGCUGCCGCUCCUUUUUCCGGGAAAGACCUUUCCAUAUUUGACGACGGGGAUUCAUUCACAGCAAGCAGCGUUAUGGGACGUUCUAAGCCGAUCGAAGGGAACAACCUGUUUGGUGGGCGUCAGAAGAUUUACAAAAUUCCCGUUGGCACCAACCCGGCGAAAACGCCUGGUGGGGGUAUGGGGGGGCGGGCCUUGUACGACGACGACGUGGCAUUGUCGGCUUUCCAGAAAUGGAGACAGGCCGAGAGAGAGCGCAAGUCGUCUGAAGAGGAUAGAGGUGGAAGUGAAAGAAGAAAUUCGGGAGAGAUGGAAAUAGACGUCUUCCGCGCAGAAUCACCAAUCCUUAGCAACUACAACCAGAAGCGAGAGACCUCAUCAACGACGUCUUCCAUACCAUCACUGGCUAGGAACUCGACCGCCGCAACGUCGGUGACAUCCUCUCAUCGCGCCCCAUCCUUGAAAGAAUGGCAACCGUCUGCUAGCUCUGGACCUGCUGUGGAUAGAAGCGUGACGCGGACAAGGCGACUGUAUGAAUCCGGGCUUAACAACGACCUCCAUGAACAGCAGUCUUCAGCACUGUCCCGUAUCGACACCUUAACUCGGCAGCGCACCUUCGGGACUCGGACACCUGAUCUAGCUCAGAAUUCCCCAUCCCCUACCACUAUUGGUUUUGUGGAACGGUUUGCCGGUGAGCGGAAGAUCUUGGCUAAGUCUAGCGCGCCAAACCUUAGAUCGAUGAGCCCUCCUACCACAGCUUCUUCAGCUGACACCCCAGACCUAGGCGUUCGUGUACCUAGCGUUACUGAAAUGCGAUCAAAUUUUGGCGGAGCACCACCCUUAAGCCCACCCAUUAGCGAAACAGAGGAGAAUUCUAUAUUAUCCAUACACCCUAACGAUCGAGGAAAGGCUACCGCCCUGGGGGUCUUCCAGAAACCUUUACAGCCAUACGACGAAUCGAGGUAUGCCCAACGACAAUUACAGCGGCAACAAGGACGAGAGACACCAACGCUUAAAUCUCGAGAUGAUACCAGAACAUCCUUAACAAACCAAAGAUCUAGUUCGUCAUCGUCGGCGCGGAGCAGAGAAUUAGAGUCCCAUGUUGAUGCUACCGCCAAAGCUGCUAAAUCGUCGUCAUACGAGGAACCGGCAACAUCAUUCCUAGCAGAUCCCAACGACUCGGACUGCUCCCCUGCCGUGUCACCUAAGCCAGCUCCGUCUCCACAAGUCUUCCUGAGGCGUCCAUCUGACCGCGAACACCCGGCGUUUCGCGACUCUACUAUCAUGACACCCUUAUCGCUAGAUUCAAAGUCCAGUGAUGGAACUCCUCAAAUUGCAGAGAAUCCAUCGUCCCUCUCGCCAAAUCCAAGAGAACCCUCACCUGCAGAUUCCCCUACCCUCGGACCAGCUCCAGGCGCUGGCCUUAGUGGUAUGGUGCGGCAGCAUCUCCGAGGCGAUAGUAAUGCCUCGUCAAUCUACGGUAUGAUCCCUCCUACCUCUGGCUUCGAAUCACGAUUUCCAGCAGAUUCGGGAUCCGCCGAGGCUUUUCACGAGUUGGGAACUACUGCGAAUCCGUGGGAUAUGUCCGAUGCUGGUCGAGAUUGGACUUUGGACUUGGACGUCAAUGAGCCUAUGCCAGAUGCUCAGUUCCGAUUUUCCAACGUUCCCGAUUCUGAGGACCUGCCUGGCAUUAUUGUCGGUACUAUACCCAAUACUAGCGAGGAGGAUCGAGAUGAAUUUGCAAGUCAGCUUGCGGAUGGGGCUCGCAGAGUGCGUGAGCGUUUAACUACUUAUGUUGAAACCGACAGUCGUUCUGCCUCUCCUAGCCGACUAGGGGACUCUAAUGACUCGUUUGGAGAUCAGCCGCCGCCCCCACGGCAAAAUGGGCUCGGCCUUCUACGGCCAAAGAAUAGUCGGGGGUCAUUGAUUGACCGCAGUCGAGAUGCAUCGCAAUCGAAAGCCAUGAAAAUGCUUGGACUAGGUGCGUCUAGCAAUUCCCAAGUAGUAAGUUCGGCACGAGAACCACCGAAGGAAGAGAGCGGGAAGACACCGAAUUCUUUUGAUUACAGCGAGACAGAAGACAAGGCAGAUAACACCGACGAAGCCCAUGCUGGACUUCGUGCGUUUAGACAAGCAAGACGUGAGUUGCAGAAGAUGAGGGAGCAAGAAACGCAGGCAAGGCAUCAUCAGCAGGAGGAAUCCGCACCUGAUAGUAGUUCAGUCCGGUCAACACCAAGUAAACAACGCCCCUCUGGACGAAGUUCACUCGAUCGAGGGCGUAAACCCCCUCCAAUAUUCUAUAAGGAACGAUCAACAAGUGAAGAGUUGACACAAGGAAGCCGUGACUUUGUACAUGAAGGACAGACGAAGUCUGAUGGGGACAAGAGUGGGUCGGAUUCGGGCAACGACGGACAAGCAAAUAGCUGGCAAACAAGACCGAUGAAUUCUUCCUCUGUCCGUGGGAAUUUGCAGGUUGGCCUGAACGGAACUAUGGCUCGACCCCCAAUGCGCUCACCUGGUCUCCCCGGAACUGAUAUUAAACGCUCGCCAAUAAUGCCACCCCGACCGUAUCCAGGCUCUACCCAGACCAAGCAAUCGAGUUCCACAUCAAACGUUAACCUCCAUGUCCAUACAGCCCGUAGCUACGAGCCUAGCCAAGUUUCACCCGCCUCGCCCAUACCUUCUCCAUUCCCCCACAAUCCGUCGACCCCUCUUGCAUUACCUUCUUCGCCUCGCCCGUCGGCUUCGCCAAACCGUGGUCAAGAGAACGGGAGCUCCAAUAUAAGUGAUGCGAUGAGACGCAAAAUCAAGACGAAAGACAUUUCAGAUCCAACGUUCGUCAUGUCUACUUCUCGGGUUCCAACGAUGGACCUCCCUGACGCACCAAGGAACAGGUCUCGUAGCAACAGUCGGACGGCGCCUCCGCUGCCCCCUAUCAACCCAAGGCGGCGACAGGAUUUCUCUAGCACACGAGCCGUCUUCGAUAACCUCAGUCGGCGGAAUGAUGGCGGGUUUGAUAAUAGCGUCGGUCAUGUAGAUAGGGACGACCCAAGGCCUGAGCGCAGACGGUUACGUUCCAUUGCUCCCGAUGCUCCAAGCAUGCAAUCGAAGGCUCCUAAUAAUCAAACCCCCAUCAACGUCGGCCCUCCUGCGCCCAGGCAGGCCGUGACUCAGGGAGCAAAACAUCCUGGUAUGAAUCUACCGGGUGGUAUGAUUUGAUUUAAUCAACAGGGGCUCGAGCAGCGUGCCCAAUUCUUACUUCCGGCCGUCGUUCGAUUCUAACUUAGUGUGGUUCGCCCCUGUAACAUUCACGAAAUGCAACGAGAUACCAAUUUCACCUUAUUUUCUGUUUCCGGUGAGGUCAGUGCCGGACGGUUAUUGUAUAUUUUGUAAAUUUGAAGUUUGCGCUCUGUAACAAGUCUCACAUUUCCCAUAUUCUUUUUCGGUACGUGGACUCGCAUGUCGCUUGAGCGUCGGGCUGGCCUCGGAGUUGAAGCAUGAGGUGGAAAUAUUACCUAAUUAGUCAAAGUAGUUAAGGUGUGGUGAAUAUCGCAGCCUUAGCGCUUGAGUAUCAUAUCAGGGGCAUUUGUAUGUAUGGUUUAAAAGGCGUAAGGCCAAAAUGGCAGAAAAAACUAGGGUGUUCGAAUAGACCGCGAACACUUGCCCCGGGUGUUAAUUGACAAUUGAGAUUCUAUUAUUGAGUUAACAUGUAUAAUUUCCGCGCGGCCUCCUUUUCGACGUGGUAAGAAAUCUCGUAUCUUAACAAGUCGGAGCUAGUGUGGGGGAUCGUUUGGAAGAGAACGAUGGGGGACAUGUGUGUAGCUUCGAUCAAACAAGUGGUAUCCGAUAC